AGUCUGGACGUUGACUCACGGACCGUCAAGUCAGACAACCGGGGCGGGAGGUGACCGGAGGCCAGUCUGCCUUCAAACUAAAGGCGUCACGUGGGUUCCACUUAACGUUAGCUAGCUGCUAGUUUGUAAAGAUACGGGGCUUAGAUGGGCUGUCGGCCGUUUGCUAACCGGGUUUUAAGAGACGGUGUAAAAAUGACUCCAGGGCGGACACCUAGUUCCAGUAAAAAAAAAAAAAAUGUAAAAAGUAUUGCUCUUAUUAAGUCAGCGAAAGGUGUACACACAUGGAGGCUCGGCCAUGUUUCUAUUAGCCGUGAAGACGUUUCUUCCUUGCUCGCAUUGACAUAGCUAAACUUAAACGACAAGUCAACGUCAACUGGCACGAGCUAACGUGAGCUCUACGUUCAACUGUCGGGACUAUUUGUAGCUUCUUGAACCCACUAAAGACAGCGUACGUCAUCGGUACGCUCUCCUAUCUUCUGCCAGUGUAGAAACAUCUACCUGACUAAACCUAUUUAUUUAUCUCGCUUGUAAGGCAAGACCGGAAACCGAUUUUCUUUUCUUUUUUAAACCGUGGUUCGCUUGACAGGCUGGUCACAUCAACCCCUCACCGCCACAACAGCUGGCGGAGGGUUUCCGACCCAGUCUCAGCGAAGAUGGUGGCAGCAGCCGCAGCAACGAGAGUGGAGAUGUCACGUUCGCCCCGGUAAGAGACGGAGAGCAGCCUCACAACUCCCGCUGUCGGUCUGUUUUUAUUUCGCCCCUAACUCCAGCAGGGAGCGAUAUACUGGGGAGGGGGAGGGAGGGAAGGGAGGCAACCAGCGGCGGACGGAAGAGGACGCACAGCAGCCAGAGCGCACAGUGUUGUGUUUGUUGGACACAUGUAUGCCAGCGAAAUCUAGUGCUCCCCAGACCUCAGGAUUUGGUUGAGAUAAGGAGAUGGUGACGAUUGUGGGGCGUGUUUUUUUUUGAUAAUCCCACGGAGGAGAUAGCGGAGGGGUUUCCUUCAUUGCUCUGGGGAGUUUCUACGUCUUUGCUCUUGGGGGAAUGCGAGGGGAGGAAAUCCAGCCUCAGCUCCAAAUAACCAGCGACUCCUAACUGGGUCUCCUCUCCAAACGCAGGAAAUACGGCCUGGGAAGAAAAGAAAAAAAGUUUGGUAGCUCUUGGAAACGAGAGGGGCCCUAUCGCUGACGUUCUGCACGCGCUUUACGGCGUGAUUUAUAAGUAGCCCACUACGUUUGUUGGUCGUUGUAUUAAGCGCUCCUGUUAUUCCGCAGAUUGAGUGGAUGAAAAGCACACGCUGUUCGUGUUGUUAUUGCACGAGUUUUGAUCAUCACUAUUUAUAGACCAGCCUGUUCCGACAGAGGCUGUUCCUCGUAGCCAGUAUAUUUUGCCAACUGCGCGCAACAAGUUGCAGACACUCCCAGCAGAGGCACACCGACACUCAUUUGGGCCAGUGGAUGGUCUUUUCUGCGCUUCUCUUUUCGGAUUACGCGUCUUUGAAUAACACAUACCCCGACCCCCUCUUUGGAAGACGGAGGGGGAAUAAAGGUUGGAGAUCCGGAGUGGGAGUUCAGGAAAGGACGGGGCUGGAUCCGUGGGAAUAGGCCUGCCUGUCAGGCCUCUUAUGAACUGGUUCUUGGACUGGACAGGGCUCCCGAAUAAACACAGUCUGGACUAUUUUCAUGGGCCACCGGAAUAAAGAUGAAAGGAGAAUGUAUAGGAGCAAGACAUGCAAAUCCGUAGCACACUGAGCCAUGAGAAGGGCUGCAGUGGAAGGUAACGCCGCCUUAAUUACAGAUCGCACAACUUUUUUCAAACCAACGUAAUAAACUGUUUUAAGUCGGCAUUGUUUUGUUAUGCUAAACAGUUACAGACUUUAUGUAAAACGAGAACCGUUUUUUGAGUGAGGACUGUUUAUUUUUCAGGAACAUAUUUUUCUUACACACAUGUAAUGCUUUAUGCUGGAGAAUUCAUACUGUCCACACCUUUUUUAUUUCAGCACUAUUAGCUGAUCAUAACGACACUAUUGUGUUGGGUGUUUUUUUUGAAGUGGAGAAAGGAAGCGUAAAUGGAGCAUUAGCCGCGCAUGUUGUGGAGAAAAGAGGGACAGCGUAACUUUUGAAGCCACUCGCUGUGCACAACGCCAACUAUUGACAGCCUCGAUCUGUAUCCGCUCACACAAAGAAGCCCUGGACCCGAAUGCUGUCUUUCCACGCAACCACGUUAUUUCGGAAUGAAGACACAUCUGGGGAUUUUCCCUGACGCUGUCUGACUUUGUAAUGUCAGCAGUAUCGAAAUAUUGCGCACACACACACACACACACACACACACACACACACACACACACACACACACACACGCACACACGCACACGCACACACGCACACACAGAGGAGGUCAUUUCCAGCCGUGUGACGUCAACACCGACUUGAUGAUGGCAUACCAAAAAACCGUUGCAUCACUAACCAGUCCUUUCCGAGAAGGAUGUUCAAUUCCGGAGGCAGAAAGAGUGAUGGCAGUGUGUUAACCGCAGCUGGAGAGAAAGCCGGGCUCAGACCCAGAGCCUCUUUGUAGAAGGACACGUGUAAUGCGAGUACUGACGCAAACCCGGGGUCGGAUAAUGAACUGCUCAAGAAACUGGAACGGCGCGUCUUGUGUGAGUGAGUGUGCGGGCUGCCGUGUACGUAGCAAAGACGUCUGUGCCGUGCUCACCAUUCAUGCACUGUGAUCAUUCCCACAAACACCUUUUGCUCUCUCUCUCCCUCCCCUCUCUGUCUGCGUGCCCGUCACUCUCUCACCGCCACCUCCCCCCUCCUCUCCGUCCCCCAUGUGCACGCACGGUGCACCCACGUACCGCGUCUAAUUACCUGAGGGCCACCAGAAGACAUUAUUCAGAUUCAAGCCCUCUCCCUGCACCCCUCGUUUCCUCGUCAACAUGGCCACUCCGCAACACCACCGGCAGCUUCUCAUGCACGGCACGGAAGUGAGCUGCGACUCCAGUGGCGACGGCACCAUGACCGUGCGGAUCAGCAACAGCGCGCCACACGUGCAUCAACAUGAGCCACUGAGGUCUGCCAGGAGUGGAGCAGGAGGCUAUAGGACUGUGAGUAAAAUGAACCCUAACCUCCACAAAUACAGUAUCUCCUCCAGUUGCAGCUCGGCAGACUCCAGACCGGCUGGGGUCUCCACUUCGAGGGUGCGCAGGAAGGCACCGCCACUGUUCGAACGCUCGGCUGCUCAGUGCUGGGACCCCAAGUUUGACUCCCCCAUCCUGGAAGAUGCGUGCCAAGAGAGGUGCUUCCCUCAGACACAGCGGCGCUUCCGCUAUGUCCUGUUCUACCUGGCAGUGGCAGCUGUACUCUGGGGGGUGUACUUCGGGGCCAAUAGUGACCGCUGCAACCCUGUGACCUUCCUGGCACCCACAGCCUCCUUCUUUGUCCUCCUAGUGCUCCUCUUUCUAUUCACCUUAACCCAGCCCUACACGUGGCUGUACAACCAAACCUCUUUGCUCCUGAUCGCGGUCACCUUCGCCAUUACCUUGGCUCCACAGAUACAGACUGCCGGCUACACUGAGCUGGAGUGGGCUGGCGGUGGUGGGAACGCCUCAUAUCCCUCACCAGACAAUGUAGCACCACCUCCAACCCCCUGCAUCUCCCCCGUGGGCACCUUUUCCCUGUGCAUGGAGGUUUUGUUGUUGUUAUACAGCGUCCUCCAUGUCCGCUUGUAUGCCUCUGUGAUGCUUGGGCUCCUGUAUUCUAUAUUAUUUGAGGCAUUAGAAUGGCUGCCAUUGCUUCAAAAGAGUCAUGACACUAGAUGGGGGACAGGGUUAACGGGUUCAGGUUCCAAUUGGGAAGGAGACACCUUGCGCUGGCUUGGCCCGGCCAAAGCUCUGCUCCAUUUGUGUGCCCAUGUCAUUGGCAUCCACCUGUUCAUCAUGUCAGAGGUGCGUUCCCGCAGCACCUUCCUUAAAGUUGGCCAGGCUAUCAUGCAUGGCAAAGACUUGGAGGUGGAGAAGGCCUUGAAAGAGCGUAUGAUCCACUCUGUCAUGCCGCGGCGAGUUGCAGAUGAGUUGAUGAAACAAGGUGAUGAUGAGGGUGGUGGUGAGAACUCUGGCAAGCGUUAUUCCUCUGGUGCCUGCUCUGCCUCAGCCGUCUCAAUGGGUGGUGGAGGAAGUGGUGGAGCUUCACAAGCCCAAAGUGCCACAAGUGCCAAGAGUUACCCGUACAACAAUCACAAGCGCAAGAAGACCUCCAUCCCAGGUGGACAGAUAAUCUUUCGGCCUUUCAAUAUGAAACGCAUGGAGCCUGUCAGCAUCCUCUUCGCGGAUAUUGUGGGUUUCACCAGAAUGUCUGCCAAUAAGUCGGCACCGGCCUUGGUGGGCCUUCUCAACGAUCUGUUUGGACGUUUCGACCAUCUCUGUGAACUAACCUGUUGUGAGAAGAUCAGCACUCUGGGAGAUUGCUACUACUGUGUAGCUGGCUGCCCGGAGCCGAGGCCGGACCACGCCUACUGCUGUGUCGAGAUGGGCUUGGGCAUGAUCCAGGCCAUCGAGCAGUUCUGCCAGGAGACACGUGAGACCGUCAACAUGCGCGUGGGCGUCCAUACGGGCACCGUCCUGUGUGGGAUCCUGGGAAUAAAGCGCUUCAAGUUUGAUGUAUGGUCAAAUGAUGUCAAUCUGGCUAACUUGAUGGAGCAGCUGGGCGUGGCGGGCAAGGUCCACCUGUCUGAAGCUACUGCCCGAUUCCUGGAUGACCAUUACCAGAGGGAGGACGGGCAGGUGGCAGAGAGAGCCGGACAGAGCGUGGUGGAGAAACUGAAAGGGCUGAAAACCUACCUGAUCUCAGGAAGGAAGUUGGAGCUUGAGCAAGUGGGACUGUCAGGCGGAGAUCUGGUCGCGGCCGGCCUGUCCUCCUGUUCUCAGCCCCGCACACCGGACCGCAUCUCGGGGGGAGCGCAGGCUGCUGAGCCCCUGCUGUCCCACCAACCUCCAGACAGGAUCGGGCCUCCCUUUGUGCCCCGUAGUGUGAUCUUGUCUUCGGGGGCCGAGCAGGGUGAAGAUGUUGCUGUGCUGAACGGCUGCCAGGAGGAGCACAAGACCAGCAGUGCCAAGUUCAUCCCAGGUCACAGUCCCAGAGCAGCCAACGGUCUCCUUAGUACCCCGCUGGAGGACCCGGUGCGAGCCAGCCAGAACUCCCUGUGCGACAUGCUUCAGGAGAAAGAGAAGAAGGCGAGCACUAGCACGGGAACUGGCACCAGUCUCGGCAUGGCUGGUGGCACUGGGACAGCUGGCACCGGAAUGGAUCACUCCGCACUGAUCCAGCUGCGCACCAAGAACUUCAGAGAAAAGAGUGAUGCCCACUUUGUUGACGUUAUCAGGGAGGACAGCCUGAUGAAGGACUACUUUUUCAAGCCACCCAUCAACAAGAUCAGCCUCAACUUCCUUGAGAGUCCUCUGGAAAAGGCGUAUCGCAGCAGCUACAAGGAGGAGGUGAAGAACCUGGUGCAAGUGCAGACAUUCGCGAGCUCCACCUUCAGCUCCUUUCUGGAUGUUUUUCUCAGCUGUUUUGUCUUCCUGGCCCUGACACUGGCCUGUUUCCUUCCACCUCUGGUGAGCCCAGACACUGUGGGCCCUCCAGCUCCCGCUGCCCUGGCCCUGGCUCCCCUGGCCGGCCUGUUGGAGCUGGCCUCCCUGGUGCUCUCCAUACGUAUGGCCUUCUAUCUGGAGAAGGUGAUGAACUGUACCCGCUCCCUGCUCCUGGUGGUCUCUGGCUGGGUCCCCCGUCAUGCGAUUGGGGCGGUGUUAGUCUCCCUUCCUGCCAUCUCCGUCUUGUCCCACCUCACCUGCAGCGUCCACUUGCCCCUCCAGGUGACCAUGUUCCUGUGCUGUGCCACCAUCCUGGCAAUCAUCCAGUAUUGUAACUUCUGCCAGCUAAGUUUUUGGAUGCGCUCAGUCCUGGCCACUGCUACAGGGGUCGCCCUGCUUCUGUUGCUGUACAGCCCUGUGCACAGCUCCGGUAAUAACAGCUUGCCAGUUCAUGGACUGAACAUCUCCACAUCCAGUGAUGGUGAUUCAGCAUUGGUCACCCCUGAACCUCCCCCGCGACCUCUUGACCUUCUGGUCCCAGAGGCUGUCCUGGCCUUCUUCCUGCUUCUUCUCCUGGUCUGGUUCCUGAACCGUGAGUUCGAGGUCAGCUACCGUCUCCAUUACCAUGGCAAUGUGGAGGCUGACAAACACCGCUUCAAGAUCCAGACGAUGCGAGACCAGGCUGAGUGGUUACUGGGCAACAUCAUCCCCAUCCAUGUCGCUGACCAGCUCAAGGUGACCCAGAGCUACUCCAAGAAUCACGACACUGUGGGCGUGAUCUUUGCCAGUAUUGUAAACUUCAGUGAGUUCUAUGAAGAGAGCUACGAGGGUGGAAAAGAGUGCUACCGUGUUCUCAAUGAGCUAAUUGGAGACUUUGACGAGCUCCUUCGCAGACCCGAAUUCAAAAGCGUGGAAAAGAUCAAAACAAUUGGUGCCACCUACAUGGCUGCAUCCGGACUGAAUGUCCGGCAGUUGGCUGAGAAUGAUGACGACUCUCCACACGCUCACCUGAGGGCCCUUUUCAACUUUGCCCUGGAGAUGAUGGGCGUCCUGGACGACUUCAACAAGAACAUGCUGGGCUUUGGUUUCAAGCUCCGUAUUGGGUUUAACCACGGGCCGCUGACAGCUGGAGUGAUCGGCACCACUAAACUGCUCUAUGACAUCUGGGGUGACACGGUUAACAUUGCCAGCCGCAUGGACUCCACCGGGGUGGAGUGUCGGGUGCAGGUGAGCGAGGAGAGCCAUGCUGUGCUCAGUGCCAUGGGCUUAGAGUUUGACUAUAGAGGUACAGUUAAUGUUAAGGGCAAAGGUCAAAUGAGGACCUUUCUGUACCCCAAAAGUGGGGAAAGUAUAUAUCAAGAUCAAACGGAGCUGGGCGCCAGCCUCGGACACUCUUCCACGGCAUCGACAGUCAAUGCGACUUCGGGAUCUGUUGCCCAUGCAGCACCUCUUCCUCCCUCUUCUUCCUCCCACCUUUCCACACUCACUCCUCAACCACAAAGUGCUGUAAGGCCUUCACGAGCAGGGCCUGAGCCUGUCCAAGCAAAGUCCACAGAGGUGAGGGAGGAGGGAUAUAGGGACCCUCCACACCUCCCUGGGCAGUCCCCUGCCACAGACCUUCACCUCGCCCCCCACUCUGAACUGGGCCCGGAGCCUAGUGCUGCACAAGAGCCCUCCCAGGUGCAGCCAGCUCCUCUCGCACUUCAAGAGGAGGAGGACGAGGAAGAGGUGGAGGCCAACGAGCUAUCAAAACUCAACGAGGAGUUUUAUGCUCGUCUCUGAUCCCUUCUCUCCUCUUCCUGUGACUUCUGUCCCCCUGCUGCCUCAGCUGCUGUCUGACUCUCCGGGACCGAUUGCAAGAGCGGGCAGGAUGUCCCUUUCUUGAGGCAUAGUUGGAUGACGCAGAGGGAGUUGGUCACUCUGACACAAACAGUGGCUAUAAAAGAAAUGGCUCCUCAUGUCUUUGAUGGUAAUGUUGCCUAAGUGCUGGGGUGGGUUAGACCUGUGUUGAGCACAGCAGUGUAUUAGGGGAGAAGGCUGAAAAGGAUUCAGAGGGAAGGAAGACUGUCGGUGUUGUUCUUGGUUUUUUUUUAAAUUCAUUUUUGUUAUUAAGUGCCUUCAGGACUAGAACAGUGAAUGAACAAAUAUAAAUUACUGAACAAAGUUUUAACAAGUUUAGGAAAAGGAACAUGCUGUGGUUUCUUACUCCAUGCUUUUGUUUUCAAUGCAAGUAUUUCUUUAAAAUAUAUAUAUAUAUAUAUAUAUAUAUAUAUAUAUAUAUAUAUAUAUAUAUAUAUAUAUUGUUGUGCCAUAUCAUUUGUUUUAACUUGAUCAAAGUCUUGACCUUACUUAAGGGACAAUUAUUUUAGAUUCUAUAUAAGGGCCAGUGCAGCAUGAUGGGCUGAGCAGGGAACUAUGGGAAGAAUGAGGGAAUCACAUGAAGCAGUGUUAAUUUAUGUAUUCAGCUUUGACUUGAGGGCUUAAUACAGUAUUAAUUUGUGCUAGAGUCUCAGUAAAAGAGACACGCUUCAAGGCACGCUGCAUAGAUAUUAGUUUGUGUAGUAGCUAAAUGCACAUUUUAAGCACAGGUCUUGCACAGUGUUUUCUCGACCACUUUGUAUUUGGAAGAUAUUACCAUGAAGUGGCUAUUCAAAUGGUUGCUAAUGUCUUUGAUGGUAAUGUUGAAAUAGCUUUUAAGAACAUUUAAACAGAGAUCUUGUCUGUCGCAACGAGUACAAGCAAAAGCACAAAAACAAAUGGGAUAAGGGAAUUUAGAUUUGGAAGAAAUGGGGGUUUUAAAAAGGGAGAUCAUCACCAAAGCAGGAAGGCACUUUAAAUAUACUUAAAGUGAUACUCCAUACAAGAGACCAGCAUGGCGCUCCUGGGCCCUGUAGUUUUUAGAAAAUGUUUCUCAAACAGGAAUAAGUGGUUCGUUUGUUGGGGUCUGUAUUCAGAGGCUAGUGUGGUGAUAGUCAAUAUUUUCAGCAGCAGGAUGGUGAAUGCGGCGUUGACUCAACAUGAAAAUACAGCGUCCAUUUGUGUUGUAUUGAAAGAAAAUGGCACCCAGUGCUCAUUGAUGUGUUUUGUUAGUUUUUGGUCAACAACAGAGCUCGAAGGCACAGAGGGAUAAGAUCUAUCAGACGAUACUUGUUCCUUCGAUCAAUUCAUUGUUGCUUUUGGUCUUUUCGUGGAAGUUGUUCACCAAAAGACAAACGCACCGGAUUUGUGGUGGCCAGCAGAGGGGUGAGAGUUUGAUACUCAAAAGGUUUUGAGUGGAGUGUCACGGGAAGUGGGACUGUGAUGGGCAAUCACGGGGAAGUUAUUGAUGGAUGAUAGGGUGGUCCACAUUGCCGUUGGUUAAAGUGUCGAAUCACAGAUCAACCACAGUUACAACAGUAAUGUAUUUAAAACCUCACACUCAAAUUUAGCUCCAAUCGUUGCCUUCGUCGCCAAAAUAAAAAACAGACAUUGGUCAGUCCAUCACUAUAGAUGUAUUCAAUACUGUUGUCUGCCUUUAGCUGUGUGAUGUGCAGUUGAAGGGGUGGGACUUUUAACUUCAUCCAGUCACAGCCUAUAUAUGGAGGGGGCCCUCUACUGUAUCAAUUGACCUAAAUUGCCACUUUAAUUGAGUGAUCUAUAGGUGCAGUGCAACCUAAACUAGCUGAAUGUUUUGUGGUGCCUAAAAAGUACGACUGUAUCUUGGUUUUCAGAACGUUUUUUAUCAUGCUGUUUUCAUAACGAGGAUAGAUUAUGAUUGUACGCUUGAGGAAAUGAUGCCCGUUGUGCAGGUUUUUCUGCAUUUUAUUUUUUUUGACAAAUUCCAUCUUUUUUUCAGUCUGUCGGUUGCCUGGAACAGUUUGGUGGUGGUGUUCUCAUCGAAAAGCUGGCACCUCUGUAGUCCUCUUUGCUCUUUACUCACUUCUUGUUUUUUUCUUUACUCCUGAGAGCGCUUGUUUCCCCUCUGUACUUUGGGUGUAUGUGUGCAAGAAAGAUAUUACAUUUCUACACAAGUCAAUAACACAAUUAGAGAUCACUGUCGUCGGAUGCAAAAGGAAAUCAAUCCACUAUAUGGCCACUGUUAAACUGUUAUUUGCUGUUGCUACCUGAUCUCUAGAGGAAAGUCACACACUUAGUUGCGUUCUUUAAAAUGGAGAAAAGAAAGCUCUAAAAUUGGAAAUUUAAUCCUGCAAACACAAAUCACCGCCACCUCUUUUAGAGACGGGUCAACAUUUGGGCUUAAUAUUCUUACCUUUUAGAAGCUAUGGCCACUCAGAGAUAAGGAGGAACCAUCAAUAAUUAUGUAGCUGUCUCCAUCUAUAGCAUAUAAGGUGUUUUUGUUUUGUUUACCCCUACCAUUGUGCACUCUAAACAUACACACCCGGUGCCUUUUGAAUGAGGAAUAUGUUUCGUCAGCAUGUGUGAGCUGUGAUUAUUUGUGUCAAAUAAUCAUAACAUUAGUAGCAUAAAUGCAUUAAAAUCCAAGGAAGUUUCUCCGGAAACCGUCACUCUAAAUCAGGACCCACACGUUUCUGCACAAAAUCUGCUUUGUUGCCACAAAUCCUUGUCAUUGCUUUUAAAAUAUUCUUCUAACGGACAUGUUACUAAUUUAAUGCAAAUUCUCAACACGCUCAAGUUUGCCAAACCUAAUAAACCAUACCACACAAACUUCUGGAAACAGACAUCAAUAUCAGGUAUCAGUUUGGAAUGAAAGUUCUGUGAUUUUUCCCCAGACAAUUUGCCAGAUGCCCCUUCGGCCUCACCUCGUUAGUUAAUCCGUGGUGACGUUCAGGACGUGUCGCUAAAGCCCGAGCUUGCACAGCAGAUAGAAACUAGCCAUUGUAGAUUAAAGACGUGGGGCUCCACCUGUUGAUGGGCACACCACCUCUCCAGUAGUGCACAUCUGUACACAUGCAUGAAUAAAAUAUUAAAGUGAACACUGCUGGCUCUGUUAUCUGUGAUACAGGGUGGGGGACGAAUGGGCAGUUUUCUUUGUUGCCAGACACACAACAUGUUCAGUCUAUCAUUCUUUUUUUGUUUCAUUUCAAUAUCAUUAUGUCCACACUUAUGUUGAACAAGAAGCAUGUACUGCCAGCAAGAGGGAUUCUUCAAAUCACUAAGCUUUGCUCAUUUAAGGUUACUUGGAUUGUAUCCUUCUCUGACAGUGUAUUGAUGAUGUUUGUAUGAUAAUAAUUGUUUUAGUUUUGGCCGAGGGAAAGAAGUGUCUUUAGAGGUCCAGCGCUCCAGUUAAAAAAAUGCAGAAAACCGCCUUGUGCAUCGAGGGGAGGUUAAUGGCAUUCAGUCAUCCCUUUUUGUUUAAGAAAUGUAAAUCUGCUUUGUGACAGAAAAAUAAGGGCGAGUGUUUUAUUAGCACUUGUGAAAAUCAUCACAGCAAAACCGCAUUGCCUAAUCACUCCUUUAAAUGGUGACAGCCCCACUUUUUAAAAAUGAUAAAUUCAACCCGUGUAUUACAUUAUACUGGGACAAAAGUUAGAUGGUUGUUUGAUUUACAUUUUUGUGUAUUUGUGUUACUUUCAUGAAUGAGAUGUAUAAUGUAUGUUUUUGUGCACAUUACCCAUGUAUCAUUUAUCAACACAUGAUCGUUAUCUGUACACAUUUGCACAAAGCACUCAGUGUUUGUACAUAUGCAGUUAUUUUAUGUCUCAUAUGAUUUUUUUUUUAUACAUGUGCAUGUGUCAGAUUUUGCCGGAAAACAAUGAAAAGGCGACACUUAUUAUCAAAUUGGUUCAAUGUGUGUCUGUUUGAGUGGGAGUGAUAUAACUGUAUUGCUCUUUGUUUCAGUAUGAGAGAAAUAAAUCUCCAAGCAGAAAA